UACAAAUUACAAAGGAUAAAAGAACAAAAAACCUGAUGGAAAAAGAAGAGGCUUGAAGAUGGAGAAGGAAGAGGAGCAUAAGAAAGGGAUUUGGUGCAACUGUGACCACCAAAAUACUACUAAUUUGUUGGGUUUUUGUGAUACACCAAACACAAUGAUACAGAUUAAACACAUCUGUAAAAUAUGCACUUCUAAUUCUAAAUCAUAAUUCAUGAAAAUGGCGAGCACAACAUUUAGUGCUUGUAAAUCAAACCUCCAUUUUCAUAGCAGAAGAAAAUGUUUGAAUAUCAAUGUCACAAAAAGUUGUCUUUCUUUUUCACAGUCACAACCCUUUUUUAGUCUCCAUAAAUCCUCAAUCUCCAAAUUCCCAACAUCUUUAUUUGCUGCAAAUUCCAAAUUUCAAGUCACUUCUUUUUCUGGUGAUCGUCCCUUAAACAACACUGUUGAAGAAGAAAUCCCACAACCAUCUGUGCAUUCUUGCAAAGCAUAUGGAAAUGGAGGGGUUAUUCAAUUCGGUAUCAAUGCUGUGGAAAUACUGGCCCUGCACUACUUCUCAUCCAUGGCUUUGGAGCUAACAGUGAUCAUUGGAGGAAAAAUCUACCAGUUUUGGGAAUGUCACACAGGGUCUACUCCAUUGAUCUCAUUGGCUAUGGUUACUCCGACAAACCCAACCCCCGCGAUUUUGGCCUUACUCCUUUCUAUACCUUUGAGACGUGGGCAUCUCAACUUAAUGACUUCUGUCUAGAGGUAGUCAAAGACGAGGCGUUCUUUAUAUGCAAUUCUAUUGGAGGUCUUGUGGGACUUCAGGCGGCAGUGAUGGAGCCACAGAUUUGCAAGGGUCUCGUCCUUCUAAACAUAUCUCUUCGUAUGCUUCACAUUAAAAAGCAACCUCCACUUGGCAGACCUCUAAUAAAAGGUUUUCAGAAUUUGUUACGGAAUACUGAUCUCGGUAAACUGUUUUUCGGAACAGUAGCCACACCUCAAUCUGUCAGGAAUAUCCUGUGCCAGUGUUACCAUGAUACCUCUCAGGUAACAGAGGAACUAGUUGAGAAAAUCCUUCUUCCAGGGCUACAACCUGGUGCCGUUGACGUGUUUCUGGAGUUCAUUUGUUACUCGGAUGGCCCUCUUCCUGAGGAGUUAUUGCCUCAAGUCAAGUGCCCUGUAUUGAUUGGUUGGGGUGACAAAGAUCCAUGGGAACCAAUUGAGCUUGGAAGAGCUUAUGGAAAUUUUGAAUCUGUUGAAGAUUUUAUCGUCUUGCCUGGCGUAGGCCACUGCCCUCAGGACGAGGCACCUGAUCUUGUGAAUCCGUUGGUGGAGUCAUUUGUGGAACGCCACUCUGGAACCAGAGCCAACGUUCCUUCGGAAUCAUUGGUGUGAAAGAACGAUCAAUAAUCAUUGUGUUGAUCACGAAGAUGGUUUCUUUGCUAGUGCAGAUCAGAGCACAGUUAUAAUAGUGGGUAGCAAAAGGUCUAAUUUCAUGCUCCGGAUUAUUAUGCAGUUGGUUUGGGGAAUAUGGGUAAUCUUGUCACUACAUUUUUAUAAAUACUUGGUACUUUCUCACGGAGUUUGUUUUAUAUGUAAAUAAUGUUGUAAGAGUUUAAGUCACCUAAAAAUAAAUAGUCAUGUUUGUGGUAAGAGUUUAAAUAAAAUUUAAGCUCAAAAAUUUGAAAUUGAGUUGUUAUCAAAUAAAGCAUUUCAAUUUAAUGUGCUGAAA